AUGUCCAGAGCACCGCACGAUCCAUUCACGAGCUCUUCCAAUGCAGCAUCUUCAUUGAGACAGGCCAGCGUGGCACCGACACGUUCGCGACAACAGGCCCCGAGCCUCUUUGCGCCCUCUUUGCUCCGCCGACCGACGAGCAGAACGACACCUCGAGUUGAAGAAGGCGUCGUGCUGCAAGAUUCAGAUUCUGAGGAAGACGCGAGCCUCUUGGGACUCGCACGACGGCCGCGACAACAGCAGCAGCAACUGCGCAGAGCUCGACAUGGAUCGCCGGACAACAGCAGACAUGCACGAUUGAGGCCUCGACAGCAGGCGGAAGAGCAAGAUAUAGUUCACAGACAACCUGAUGGCAGCUAUCUGCUCGGCGCAUCAACACUGGGCAUAGCUGCGCCGCAAGCCAUGUUUGCGAUGGGCCAGCAGGAGGGCGAAAUGACGACGGAACAGCUUGACAAUUAUCAUCGGGAUCUGGCGAGAAGGUAUUUCACAUCAGGUACACAUAUGGGUGGGAGACAUAGCAGGGCGGCGGAGGAUGAAUUCGAGCGAGAAACACCUGAGCUCACGGCGAGCUUGCGCCAGCAGGUUAUAGAGAAGCUCGAGGAUGAAAGGUGGCUAUUCGAGCCAUCUGAUCGCUUUCAACCUGGUCUGCUCUGAUUUUGACGAAUCAGGGUAUAGGUAAGGUAAUGAUACCUGUACUGUAUGGAAGGAGCAAGAUGUGACGUGCCAGUGCAUGAGUUUCGCAUGAGCUGAAAACCACUCUUCGCUCAUCUCAGGAGGUAGCCUCGUGCACGAUACUGGUACUACAUACGCCAGGAGUAGCGGCAUAUCAUCACUCACAUCUGCGUCGUUGCUGUCGCGAUAUACAGCAGCAAUAAGUACAGACACCGCAGCAUACAUGU